AGAAAUUCAAGUAAAUGAUAAUCGAAUACCACAACAAAUAGUUAUUGAAGAAGAAGAAGAAUUUAAUCAACCAGAUGUUCUAGAAUGUCCUAUUUGUCAUAUACCAUUACAUCAAGGUGGAAAUGUUAUACAAUUAUUGUGUUUUGAACCUCUUUUAUGUCGUCGAGUAGGAAGAGAUCAUAUAUUACAAAUAAUGAGAAGAAAUCGAGAUAAUAGAUUGAAUUUGGAACAAGCUAGAAGACGAAUGGAAGAAAGACAAAGAGAUAUGGAUAAUAUUCUACAAAUAAGGAAGGAGGAUGUGGAGAUAAUUGAUAAU